GAUGCUCGUAAUUUUAAGUUCAGUUAAGCUAAGUGCUUUUAUAAAUAUAAUUUAAAAAAUGUAAUGUAGGCAGAAAAUUAUUUUACCUACUAAAUAUUAUAGAGUACUAUAUUUGGAUAUUUUAUAAUUUUUGUAUUUCGCAUGCAUUUUGUGCAUUGUGACAAAUUACUAUUUCUUAUAAAUGUACAAAAAUCCGCAGUGUAAUAGUGAUAACCUAAAAUAUAAUAAAGAAUGUACAUACACACUUAUAUACAUUAUUAUACAUUUUUUUUUAUUAGGAUGAAAAAUCGAUACUCUUGCAGAGAAUCAAGUGGCAUACUUUUCAAAUUUGAUCAGAUGUGAAUCGAAAUUUCAUUGCAGUAUACAAUGACUAGAUCGCUCAUGUUUAUGAAUUUUUGGGAAAUUUAAAAUCUCAAAAAUUUACAAAAUGUAUAUAAUACAUAAAAAUAUCUAAAGUAGAAUAGUUAUUUUAAUAUUUAAUAGAUGAAAUAAAUUUCUAUUUAGAUUCUAUUUCUUUAGUCAUGUUCAUAAAAAUGUAAUACUCUAUAAACAUCCGCAUCCUAAUAAUGACAAUUUACAAGUUAAUUCUAAAGACGGUGGAUAAAUAGGCCAAUUUCCAUUAAUUUUCAGGAUGUUUUGAAAUGGAUGCUGUGCCAAAUUGAUUUGAUAGGCCGCAGCCAUUCUUGUUUUCGGGACAUUGGCGGUUGGCAACGACGCUUCCAACGUAUUCCAAGGGAUGAAUCGAAUACUGCAGGUUUUUUUAUUAUUUAUCCACAGAGUGUUAAUUAACAUUUAAAAAGUAGUCGUUUCUAUGCGUUAGAAACCGUAAUUGACUGGCCAAGUAAUAACAGUUUAGAAAGCAUGCGGCCGGAUUCACGUAGCGUUUCGUUCACGUUUCACCGGGAAGUUCUGAAUGUCAAAAAUUCACCGGAGAUCACGAAAAAGCUGAGACGACGCCUCCAGGAUCGUUUCGAGAAGGAAAAGCCCGGAGAUUCCUGUAAGGAGAAAAUGUCAAAAGAUAAGCAAACAGGUGACCGUAGCUGGAACAAUUUAAGUCUUGGAAAUAUGUCAGCGGAUUCUAGACGUGCUCUGCGAAGCGGAGCCGAAAAGUUAUCAAAAACUAUAUCUUCUGUACGUACAACUUUUGGAACUAUUUCGCAGAAGUUUAAGAGUUCCACACGUAGACGUCAAAGAUUGGAGGAGCAACAAUCUCCAAAUAGCAUUUGUAAAAUGCAAACUCCCCAGACUCGUUCUCGCCAGCUCCUUGGUAGAACACCAACAAAGCUUUAUAGUCCUUUUGGCAUAGAAUCUCCAAGACAUGCGUGGAACAAAGAGAACAAUGAAACACCAGUGCAUACUCCUCCAGGAAUGAAUACACGAUAUAUCCAAUGUAGGCCAUUCCGUUUCACCAGAGCUAAAGGAUUCUCUAUGUUGAGAUAAAAUCUCUUUCUUUAGUUAUUCUUUUCUUAAAUGUUACUUGAAUGAUCUCUUUAAUUCCCAGCAAUGCAUUCAGGAUUGUGUGCCUUGUGCAACGUACAAUUGAAUUAUUUAUUCGAUUUUAAUUAAGCUAGUGAUCUACUUUGACAUAUUUGUAUCUCUCUAACAUGUUAUCUAUGAUAUCAAACUACUUUACAUGUACAUGUAAUGUAUAAUCUAUUUAUACUUUUUUAUACAUAUUUAUAUUGAUAAUUAUUAUUACUGCAAUAUCAAAUAAAGAAGAAGCAUAAGGAACUCUUUAAGUCAAA